CGAUUACUAAGGAAGUGCUAUCGAAAACCAGUUGUGACCAUGAGUAGUUGGAGUCGUACCACCAGCAGAUUCAUCAAGGACUCUACCAAUUUAAAGGACAGUUACAUUCGGUCACAGGAGAACUUUCUCAAAAAGUACCAGCUCGAGCACCAGAGAUCUGUGCUUCCCAAAGUCCCCGAAAAGCUCAGGUUUAACGACGACUUUGCAAAGAGAAAGUAUGUUCCAGGCGAUAGAGUGGUUAUAGUCAAGGGUCCUCUCAAGGGAACUGUCACCAAAAUCGAUUCUUUUGACGCAAACACCAAUGGAUACACUCUUGUGCAUGGUCCCCACAAAAAGAUUGCAGUUCCCAAGUGUUUGUGGGUGGCAGGGCAAAAGAGUCAUGUAACCCAAUUCCCAGAGCCUGUUACGCAGGAUUAUAUCAAGUUGAUUGCUAUUCGUAAAGAUCCUACCACAGGGCUGAAGACCGAUGUCAUUAUCGAUGAUGUGGAAUUCCGUGGCGAGUAUUUUGAUUCGGUAUACCAACGAUUUUUGCCCAAGAGAUAUGUCAAAUAUAAUCCACAGGCAUUGAUACCCUGGCCUGAACUAAAUGUUCCAGAAGAAAUUGGAGAAUGGACCACAUCGAGGGAAGAUGCUAAGAAAAAGAGUUUUUUCAUCAGCUCGAUUUUUUCAAGUGGAAUACCCAAGGCAGCAUUGGAAUCAUUGAGAAAUCCUUACUCCAAAUAUAAUACAGGUGUUUAUACCAAUCACGAUAUCAGAAUGUUGACACCUCCAACCAUCCCAUUAACUGAAACUAAGAAAAAAUACCUCGAAGAGAGAGAAAUGCUUAGGGCCAGAGAGAAAUACGAGAUCUCUCAAAAGACUAAGGACUACAUCAGCAAGAGAGUUAGUGAUUACAUAAAAGAGCAAAAAGAGUUUGAGGCUAAAGAAAAGGAGAAGAAUUGAAAGUGAAAACAACAGUACCAGUGUUGAUAGAAAUUGAUUAAUUUUUUAUAGUGAUAUCUUGUAUAUACGUUAUUACUGUUUUUAUUUUUAUUAUUAU